AUGCUCUCCCAUACUCGUCCGCCAACGGUCAAGUCUAAACAUGCUGCGCUUUCCGCCAAGGCUACCCGUACUCUAAUCCGGUCUCAUCAUCAGCUGCUCAAAGCUCGCGCGCAAGCCGAGGCGGCCGGUGACGAGGCUCGAGUCAGUAGUAUCGAUGCCCAGAUCCAAGCAAAUGGCGGUCUCGAGAGCUAUCAGAUUGCCAGCAAACUAGGCCAAUCCCUGGAGCGUGGUGGUGAUUCGAGCAAACUUCUGGUCGACUGGAUCAAGCCGCAACUGAAACAAUGGAAGGCUUCGAUCCCCAAACUUCGGGUACUGGAAGUCGGAGCGCUGAGCACGAAGAACGCCAUUUCCUCAACACCGGCUUUGGAUGUCUCUAGAAUCGACUUGAAUUCCCAAGAGUCGGGGAUUCUCAAGCAGGAUUUCAUGGACCGACCGCUCCCUUCUACUGAUGAGGACCGGUUCCAUAUGAUCAGUCUGUCUCUGGUGCUCAACUACGUUCCUGAUGCGACGGGACGAGGCGAGAUGCUGAAGCAUUGUGUCAAGUUCUUGACCUCUACGUGCCCCAUUCAGUUCACACCAAGCCUGUUCCUCGUCUUGCCUGUUGCAUGUGUGGACAACUCGCGCUACCUUACUGAAUUGAGGCUGCUUGAGAUAUUGGCUAGCUUGGGAUUUUGUCUGGCGCAAAGCAAGAGAACAGCAAAGCUGAUAUUUCAGUUGUGGGAAUAUACUGGCGACAGGUCACGAAAGUCUUUCAAGAAGGAGAUGCUGAACCCCGGCAAGAAAAGAAACAACUUCGCCAUCAUCCUAGACCGAUGA